AUGGCUUCCAAAGUUACUAUUACGUUACCCAAUGGACAAAAAAUGCCUGCAUUAGGUUUUGGUACAUGGCAGGCCAAAGAUGAGGCUGUCUUAACAAAAGCAUUGGAGAGUGCUUUAGAAGCCGGAUAUAGGCAUAUUGACACCGCUCCGGUUUACGAAAAUGAGCAUGUCAUCGGUAAAGUUUUAAACAAAUGGAUUCAAUCUGGAAAAGUUAAAAGAGAAGAAUUAUUUAUCGUUACCAAGCUUCCACCGACAGGGAGCCGGCCUGGUGGUGUGGAAAAGUGGAUUAAAAAAUCAUUGAAUGAUUUACAAUUGAAUUAUUUAGAUUUGUACUUAAUUCACACUCCGUUUACAUUUGAGGAAAUUGGUGAUGAUUUACACCCGAAAGAUGAGAGUGGAAAGAUAAAAAUUGAUAAGUCUACAGAUCAUAUUGCAGUAUGGAAGGAAAUGGAGAACCAAGUAUCAGCUGGUAGAACCAAAGCUAUUGGACUGUCAAAUUUCAAUAUUAAACAAAUUGAAAAAGUUAUUUCGGUCGCUAAAGAACCAAUUGCUAAUCUACAAAUUGAGUUACACGCUUAUUUCCAGCAAAAUGAAAUGGUCAACUUUUGCAAGAAAAAAGGGAUUACUGUAACAGCUUAUUCGCCAUUAGGUACGAGAGGAUUCGUUAAUCUUAUUGGAAAAAAUGACAAAAUUCCCAGUAUUAUGGAUAAUAGUGAGCUGAUUAAAAUUGGUAAAAAAUAUAAUAAAUCAUCAGCACAAAUAGCAUUGAAGUUUAUCAUACAAAAAGGUAUUGCCGCUAUUCCAAAGAGUACUAAUCCCAAAAGAAUUCAAGAAAAUAUUGAUUUGUUUGACUUUGAAUUAGACUCUAAUGAUAUAAAAAUAGUAAAUUCAUUAGAUCAAGGUCCUUCCGCCAGAAUAUGUGAUUUUGAUUUUUUCGCUGGAAUUAGAGAACAUCCAGAAUAUCCAUUUUAA